AUUCGACACAACUGUGAAAUUGGUCGAGAGCGAACAAAAUGGCAUCAAAUCUCGAUUAUGCGGAGGAUAUUGAAGAAGCUAAAGCAUACAUGGCUAAAAAGAAUGUAUUUCAACUGUUUGAGGUCAGUAAUAGUGCCUAUUUCGAAUUGAUCUCCUUUGCUGAUGCGAAAAUGCGGUCAAUACCGUCGCAACAAGCGUGAAUCAAAGGCAAAUACCUUUUAAAAAGGAUUUGUUACAUAGAUCUGAUAGAUGUAAUCAGUGAUAGAAUUAGCAGCUUUUUCUAUAUGCGAGACACGGAUUUUGCUGCAUUAUGCAAUGAAUGCGUGGCUCGUUGUUGUUUUCAGUAUCUCAUUCAAGGAGGCAUUGUUCAACCACCGGCAUUUUGUUUGCAAGAUGUAAAAAUCAUUCCGUCUCGAUUGACCUUAGCAACGAGCAUGUGCAUGCAGUAGCUGUUUUAUCAUUUUAUCGGUACCCUAUGCAGCUUUUAAGGACUAGUGUUCCUUGAGUGAAUUUAUCACGAUAGUAGACAUAAAAAAAAUGACAUAAAAUUCGUUUGUUUUGAGGAAUAACAUAGCAAAUUACCGGGUACGUACGUAGUUACAGAUUAAUGGAUAAAAUCACAUCUGCUUUCAUUACAAAAGAUCGCCACCAAAAAUCGAUUUAUUACAAUAACACGCCUCGUAAUACAGUAUUCUAUUAAUAACAUAUUUCUUCGUGGUUCUGAAAUGCGGCAUUUCUUGACCAGUGGUUGUGCACGAUUGUUGAACUGCGUGUGGAAAUUUAUAGUUACCGAACGGAUUCAAUAUGCUUCAUCUUGACAUUUUGAUAAGUUAAUCGUAGCGUACAAUCCCCACACCGUUUUCGUUAUCUUAAGUUGCCCAUUGAUCCGAAUUCUUGCGUUCAUUUUGGUACCCACAAUGCAGACUGUGGAACAGAUUGCAAGUUUACCAGAAACAAACGCAAGACAAUGUUGUUUCUUCUACCGUAUACUUUCCGGGACACUAAGUUGGCCCAGUAGUCAGCUGAGUUAAGUAUUUAGAUUUGGUCACGGAUUCGGCUCCUGUUGAGAUUUGUUGACUCGGAUUUUUUCUUCCAAGUCCAUGUUACUUUAAGUACAUAUUUUAUUUCCUGAAUAUCAGAAUCCAGUUUAAAUCGUUUUAGACCGACUUUCUGAAUACGAAACCCCAUUGUAAAACCACGGAAGGAAUAUGUUUCCAUGCACCAGUGCUGGCUAAGCAACAAGCAUCUGCUAACACACCUGAGAGGUGCUAACGGUAUGGCAUUACAUUGUGUUCUUAAUGAGGAUUUUGGCUCAUGAUUGUAUUUCUUUCUGUGGGAAGCACUCAUUUAGCAAGCCACUCCUGAGUAUUAUCAUUUUCUAAGUUCCACCUCCGUGCACCACAAGUGACUCUGCACUUCAUUACAUCCUCCUAGAGAGUUUUUAUACUCCAUAAGGGCAAAAGAUGGGGAUGAGAUACUAACCUGGGGAAUCUUUUGCUCCUUGCCGCUUGGAACGUCUCCUGAGGAGAGAUAGCUGUAUUACUCGGCUGCCGAGAGACCAACAUAUGUGAUUUUCUCUACCUUAUUUCAGACUGCAACCCGUUGCUUGAAGAGAAAAUUUGAUCAAAUUCCAGCCUCUGGAAGCGCCUGGUUCCACAGAGUAUACAAAACCUUACACUGUUUCAGAUCCAAUCGGCUAAAAUCUACAGUAUACCCAUUUCCCAACAUCCUUAUACAUAGCUUAUAUAUUAGGGCAUAUUUACCCCCCAUCCCCCAACCAAACGGGAAAAGGAAUCUCUUUCUUUUUAAAGACUUAUAACUUGGAAAAGGUACUAUAAUUGUCCUCUUGGAGUGCUGUCUGCUACUAUGAUGUAGAGAGGCAAAGAAGAUAACUGAGUAACGAUAGGGAGCAAAGUACUCUACGUGUCCAUUUUACAUAGGUCUCUUAUGCAUAGAGUUGACUGUACUGCCGCCUUUUUUCCAUAAACGGUGAAGCGAGCGAAAUACGCGAGCUCCACAAAACUUGGACCCAAAGAGGAAAAGUAAAUAGACAGUUACUCUAAUAUGAGGUAGAACCAUUUCAAUUUAGGAAUAACUAUAUCAUUAUUCUUUACAGCUCCAUUAUAUUCUCCCAAAGGUCGACAUGUAAUACCCUUCCGAUGGUUUCCCAUAAGGUUUUGUUAAGUGAAGGAAAAAGCUUAUUUAGUACUUUUAUUUUCUCAGAGCCUGUUGACCGCACUCGUUCAUAAUCGCCCUGAGGACCCCGUUGUCUUUCUACAAGAAUGCCUUGAAACCGCCAAACAGAGCGAAGAUCUUCGGUGGAACUCGUUCCUGCACGUUCAAGGAAAAAGCAACAAGAGCAAAAGUUCACAGACCACUGCAGGACAGUUCGAUAAAGUGUUUGAUACAGAAUUGGACACANAUUCUUUACAGCUCCAUUAUAUUCUCCCAAAGGUCGACAUGUAAUACCCUUCCGAUGGUUUCCCAUAAGGUUUUGUUAAGUGAAGGAAAAAGCUUAUUUAGUACUUUUAUUUUCUCAGAGCCUGUUGACCGCACUCGUUCAUAAUCGCCCUGAGGACCCCGUUGUCUUUCUACAAGAAUGCCUUGAAACCGCCAAACAGAGCGAAGAUCUUCGGUGGAACUCGUUCCUGCACGUUCAAGGAAAAAGCAACAAGAGCAAAAGUUCACAGACCACUGCAGGACAGUUCGAUAAAGUGUUUGAUACAGAAUUGGACACACCGAUAAAUGGUUAAAACAGAGAACUUUAUUUUGAAGAGCGUCAUCAAAGUAUUAUCUUUUAUUUUGUUAUAUAUUUUUUCAUCAACAAUUUGUAAAUAGGUUCUUUAUUUUUCUGUUUGUGCAAGACACUUAAACUCCGGCUUCGCUUUAUAACCAGUCCGUAUAUUCAAGAAAUGUCCCUCAAAAAUUGUUUCAGAUUUGGCACGGAACACCCAGAAGUUAAGCUUGUUCAGUCUUACCCGGAACUGGGGACUCGGAUGUUUACACGGACUGAUUAGCUCUGAACGUUUGUAGGCAACCGCAGACUCCUUACUGAUUUUUAUUCCAGUGCAAACAAAUUCAGCUAACGUGAGAAUCCUGAGUGUUGAAAAUGUAAAUAUAUCAAAUAGAAAUGACAGAGGGAUCUUC